CACACCCACCCACGCCACAGCAGACGCAGCCGCACUAGCCAAGGCAGCCACCAGGUUCUUCCUCUUUCUUCUUUUCUUCACCUUCACCGUUUCUUUCCUUUCUUCUCCAAUUCUUCUUCUUCUUCCUCUUUCUUCUUCUUCUUCUUCUUCGCCUCUUCAGCCAGCCCGCCCUAAUCGCCCUAAUCUGCAGAUAGACGCCUUGUCUGAGAAAGCUAGGGUUUUGGAUUUUCAGCGACUGGUGGAGGUUCCGACAAUCGAUUCACGAUGCCUCAAGGAGAUUACAUAGAGUUGCACAGGAAGAGGCAUGGCUACCGCCAUGACCACUUCGAGCGCAAACGCAAGAAGGAGGCGCGUGAAGUGCAUAAGCGCUCUCAGAUCGCGCAGAAGGCCCUUGGCAUAAAGGGUAAGUUGUUUGCUAAAAAGCGGUACACUGAAAAGGCUCAAAUGAAGAAAACAUUGAAAAUGCAUGAGGAGUCGUCAUCAAGACGCAAAGUUGAUGAUAAAGUUCAUGAUGGUGCUAUCCCUGCAUAUCUUCUUGAUCGUGACGAGACAACCAGAGCAAAGGUACUUAGCAACACCAUAAAGCAAAAGAGGAAAGAGAAAGCAGGGAAAUGGGAGGUGCCUUUACCAAAAGUUAGGCCUGUUGCUGAGGAUGAGAUGUUUAGGGUGAUCAGAUCUGGAAAACGAAAGACUAAGCAGUGGAAGAGGAUGAUCACCAAGGCUACAUUUGUGGGACCAAGUUUCACCCGGAAGCCACCCAAAUACGAGAGAUUCAUCCGCCCAUCAGGGUUGCGAUUUACAAAAGCUCAUGUGACCCAUCCAGAGCUCAAAUGUACGUUCAACUUAGAGAUCAUCGGUGUAAAGAAAAAUCCCAAUGGUCCUAUGUACACAUCUCUUGGUGUAAUGACCAAAGGAACAAUAAUUGAGGUGAAUGUUAGUGAGUUAGGUCUGGUCACACCUGCUGGAAAAGUGGUCUGGGGAAAAUAUGCUCAAGUCACAAACAAUCCGGAGAAUGAUGGGUGCAUUAAUGCAGUGUUACUUGUCUAGAGUACAUCAGUGAAUGAGCCUUUAUGGUAAUUGGAAAUUCAAUUCCAUUUUGUCAUCAAAUUAUAUAUAGAUAUAAUAUCUAUUUUACUCAUGCUCCAUAUGUCUUAAUUUUCAGAAUCUAAAAUUGAUUUAAUCUAAUUUUUGUUUGCUCGUUUUUGUAGAAGGGAAAAUUCAAAAUUUGUAAUGAUCAUUCAUCAAAUUUCUUUUAAUCCAAACUACAUAUUGUAAUCUGAUACAUGUUUCUUUGCUGUUUAAUUAGUAAGGUCUUUAGCAUC